GGGAAAAUCAUUCGCUUUGAUGAAACGAAAGUUUGAAGUUUUCAGUAAGGAAAGAGAGUGUUGGAGUGGUGAAUAUGGCGAUGGAGCCCCCGCCCUUCCAGGAAGCCUCCCGCUGUGAUGUCUGCAAAUGCAGCUUCUCCACCUUCCGCCGCCGGCAUCAUUGCCGAUGUUGUGGCCGAACUUUAUGUGCUGAACAUUCAGCCGAUCAAAUGGCCUUGCCACAGUAUGGUAUUCACACUAAUGUGCGAGUUUGUGCGGAUUGUUUUAAUGACGGCUCUAGCUUGAAGAAGGAUGGUGCAGCUACAACUCCAAAUGAAGUUAAUGCUGUAACAGAUUCGAUUUCAAGAAUAGAUAUCAGUAAAGUUUCAGAUAACAAACCUGAAGUUGCCGAAAAAUCUCCUUUUCCUGGGAUUUCAGAAUGCAAGUGUGGGAUGCCUUUGUGCAUUUGUGAAGCACCAGCCCCAAAAAUGGAUUCUGUGACACCACAGCCAUUAAUGACUACCUCAAAUCCCCCGUUGCACUCGCCAAAAGUGAAAAAGACAGAGGGAACUCCUAAGAGUAGAGGUUCAACAUCAAACAAUAGGCAAAGUACUUUUUUCAAUCCUGGUCAAGUUGCUAGCAGUUCUGUGAAUAUAUCAUCCGCUGAUUAUGAAGCUACUGGAGAGGGUUUAAGAGAAGCAAUAAAAAAUGGUGAUACAGCUGCUGCUAAGAAGCUUUUGAGUCAGGGAGUGGAUGCAAAUUAUCGUGACAAACAAGGCUCAUCCUUAUUACAUUUGGCAGCAGUAUUCAAUCAAACUGAGAUAGCUUUUGCGCUCAUGGACCACGGAGCAAGUUUAGACAGCAAGAAUUCACAAGGCGAAACACCUGUAGAUUGUGCUCCUGCUACGUUACAGUACAGAAUGAGAAAGAAGAUGCAAGAAGGGAUGCAAUUGGACUCCUCAAGUGCCAUGCAUGAAUAACACUUCUUACAUAACUGUAAAAAGCUGGUAUCCUUCCUUGAGCAACUUGUGGUCUUGUUCCAACUUUUGCUGAGGUUCACCUAGAUGGUAUCAAGAUGAAAGAGCAAACUCUAUCUUUACAUUGCAAUAACCCCUGCAAGUGUUGAAGGUUGCUCGAAAUUACCAUGCCAUCCAUGUAACAAAUAGGUGGAUAAGUGCUUGUAGAUGAACCCUUCCAGAUUUAACGAUAUUUUGAGUUUUAAUAUUCUUCUCUUUCAGUUCUAUUCUUGCCUGGGUUUUGCAUAAACAUGUGUUAGAAAAAUGUCAACUCAAUGAUAAUUUACCUUUCAUGA